AUGCAUUCGACACCAGGCCCAGUUUAUCUAUUGCCGGGUCUUGUCGGAAGUAGUUUUCAUGAUCCACGUUCGGUGCAUACAAAACAACCGGCAUAUUCAUUCGGUCUUAGACAUGGUAAAUAUAGAGAGGAUGCAUCACCUGGUCCAUGUUACUUUCCAAAUCCAAAAAUCUUUCGAACUGGUAAAGACGGUACACCACAUUAUUCACUCUAUGCUCGACGUGGUGAUCUUAAAGGCGAUUUAAACCCUGGACCUGGUGCUUAUAAACCCGAAGAAAAAGGACCAAUGAGAACUGUAUUUCAAUCACCACCUGCAUAUACAUUUGGUUCUCGUCAUAAAUACUAUGGACUUGAUAAUACACCUGCACCAAAUGCUUAUGCUUUGCCCGGAAUGCUUGGUAAGACGGUACAAAGUGUAAAGAAACAAGCACCAAUAUAUACAAUGACCGGAAGAAGCAAACGAGGUGGCUUUGACGAAGAUCUACAACGAACACCAGGACCUGGUGCUUAUAAUGUAAUAAAAUCAGGUGUAUAUAAACAAGAACCACCACAUUAUAGCAUGACAGCCCGAAAUGAAAUGCCAGGUGAUACAACUCAAAAACCGGGACCUGGUAAAUAUUCACCAGAAAAAGUUUGGAUUCAUAAACAACAAGCACCUGGCUAUUCAUUUGGUAUUCGACACUCAAUGUAUGAAGCACCACUUAUUGUUGAAGUGAAAGACUAA